AUGGCCGCAGAUCCGGUAUCCGGCUCUGGAAGUGCUGGCUGCUAUACAUAUUUCAGUGGGCAAAAUGAGCCAGGGCUGUACUUAGUCCAGCCGCUCCAGCCUGCCCUGACAUAUACUUGCGACAUUUUUCUUCUCCAUGGUCUAAACGGCGGGGCUACAAAGACUUGGCAAUCUCCAGAAGAUGGACCUGGCAAUACCUGGUUCCGAGACCAUCUUCCUUCUCUUGUCAAGGAUGAGAUUCGGGGCACAAAUGCCCGUAUCUGGACUUUCGGGUAUAAUGCUAGCGUUUUCUCCUCGGUAUCAUCUUCAUUGGAUCUAGGGGACUUUGUGCGGAGUCUCCUAGAGAGUGUUCGGCAAGUGCGAGUUAGAUUUGAGGCAUUGAUCGAAGCGAAGCUUGACGCCUUGUAUACGCCAAUAUUUGACGCAACCGUGGGCAUCAUAUUUCUCGCAACACCUCAUAAAGGUUCUUCCACCGCGAACUUUGGCUCUAUUGUUGCCAGUGUUGCGCGCUUAAGCAUGAUAUUCAAACCUAACACACGAUUGAUCCGAAGGCUAGAGCGCUAUAAUGACUUUUUGAGCGAAAAGUCGCACCAGUUUUCCAAAAUUUGCUCUAGACUCAAGAUAUUCAGCUUCUACGAGACUUGCGAAAUGAAUCGCAUCAUGGUGGUACCAAAGGAUUCAGCCGUGAUAGGUUUGAACAACGAGGUUUCCAUGCCCCUUAACGGCGAUCACCGGAGCAUUGCCCAGAUGCACAACUUCACUCGUGGAGAUUGUCACCUGUUUCAGAAGGUUGUCUGCGAACUGGUGGCUCAGACCGCCCCCGAGACUUGUCCUUCUGAUGGUCUUACGGAGGACGUUCCCGAAGGCUUCGUGCGUUGCGUGAUAAAUUCAUACAAUGGCUCUAAACAGUUGACUGCUCUUUAUCCAGAGCAUACCACCAUAGAGAAGCUGUGCGAGUCAGCAGUUCCGAGGAGAUGGUAUCGUCCAAAUACCAUUACAGGACUUCAUAGGCCCUUUGAUCACGAACAGAUUCCAUGGUACACGGAUAGUAUCCCAGCGAUAACGUCCAGUGGUCCCUCGACUUAUGACUUUAACAAUCUGAGAAUCAACAAAGACGAGCCCGUCAUAGAAUUCUUCUCAAAAGCUCUCAGUGACUACUGUUCUAUGUCAGUCCAUGAACCACACGUUCGAAAUAACGGAAAGCUGAAAGCAGAGCUCGGGGCAUUCAGGAGAGAUCAGUUGUCUCCAAGCCAGAGCAUGCCAAAUUUCCCAUGCAUACACGUCAGUGAUAGCCUUGCAAUAUCUUUCCAUAGAACGGUGCGAAUUCCGGACGAUGGAGGGAGCUACCCGGCACCCAAUAGUCUCGGCGCGUUACCACUUUUGCCUGUCAGUAAAAUAAAGGACAAACUUCCAAGAAAUGCAGUCGAGAAAGGAGGCAUUGUCGUACCGUUGUAUGAUAUGGAGGCUAUGAAAAUAAACUUCCAUGUAUACGGCUCGGAUAUGUUUGCACCAGAAGCAAAAUAUGCCAUUCGAGUAUUUAUUGGUGGGGUUAAUGGCCUGUCCGGAGAGCCUGUUAAAGCUAACAUGGCAACUGUAUUAAAGAGGCUGAAUGGUAUCGAGCGAACACAGGACUACCUCUACGUUCGCGGUGGCGACAACCCAGCACAGCAAUGGCUGGAUGGAGUGUCGAUUGCUCCUGGCUUCGUCAGACAAUUCGUUGCCGCCCAGCCCUUAUCACCAGAAACAAUUGAACAUCAAGUUACGGGCCUGGCAACAGUGGGAGGUAUCCAAAUCGAAAUAAUACCACAACUACAACUGGGACGAUUCCAGCUGAUGCGCCGAGACCACCACCCAUCAGAUUUGCAAUAUUAUGGCGAGCGUACCAGGGCAGACUGGCAACACCCGCAGAGAUUCGAGUCCUGCUCAGACCUUGAAAUCCCGUUGCAAACGCGUAUACAUGCUCGGGCGCGUGGGGGGCCCUCUAGGAAGAGGACGCUUCUCGACGAGCUGGAUUGGGUAAAAUCGUCCCAAAGGAAGCGGAGAACCGUAGAGUUUCAGCUCUGGCCACCUCCUCCUUCAAGAGCAUUCCGAGUAACGGUCCGGUGUCUAUAUCCACGCAAACAAGAACUGUGGCUAUCUGUCUUCCCGGAGACAACUCUAGGCUUUGUAGCAGCCCAAGCAGCUCACGCGCUAUGUCUACAACCAGAGAUGUGGACCUUUUAUAUACGUAGUCAGUCUUCAGAUCGCCGGACGUUUUCCAAUGACAGGACCACUUUGCAGCGCGCGGAUGUUAGACCAGGACAGGUAUUACUUCUUGAGCGGCAAAUGUUCGUAGGGGGAGGAACGAAGUCAGAUUAUUCACCGCUCCUCGACGUUGGAGCGGGGGGGAAAAUCAGGCAACGCAUUGUGCCAGACGAAGAGGACCCUCGAUCCUGGAACGUCAACGAUGCUUGUCUUAUCAGUGUCCAGAUUGUGAAUGCAGAGUCAUUCAGAAUAAUGACUGGUUUAGAGCCACCACCGUGCCCGAUUUCAUUCGACGACUACUUGAAAAGAGGCAUUCCCUUUACACCGAGCUGCUCUAAGGGACAGGCUGAGUUGAGCUUUGGGCUUGCUAGCAUCAAGCCGGCCAAGAAAAUGCUGCCACCUGUUAAGAGUGCUGGUAUCGGAGGAACUCCCUCGAACCAAAAGAUCCCUGGCUAUUGCGACAACUGCGUGGUAAACUGGGCGAGCUAUCGGCUACUUCCGUGUCGCCAUCUAAUAUGUGCAAACUGCGGUGUUGACUUUACUCAGGAUGACAUAAACGGAGUCUUGGUGCACGAAGGGGAUUGCACGGUUUGUUCCACGGCCGUUUUGAACAUAGACUGGCUGAAACGAGAGCCUGUCGCUACCGACCAGGUCACCGAUGACCGAGACCCGUUCAAGAGUGUUGUUUCCAUUCAACCUCUGGUUAAUGCAUCAACGAACACUUUUAAAAUCGAUAUUAAAUCGGAAGAAGAGGGAUAUGAAAGCCAGCCCAAUGGCUCUGAGUACAAGUAUGAGGUGCCUGGUGCUUUCCUAGAUUCCGACUCGGAAGAUAACGUUUUCUGUCCUCUAAUGUAA